AUGGUAACGAUUGCCUUCCGGAGUUUUGGGCCCGAAAGAGACAAGAUUGCCGCCCUGACGGCACGCAUUCAAGAGGUCCUCAAGGCCAAGGCCGGUGCCGGAUCGGCUACGUUCACGACGGCCUACGCCGCAGCCCGUUUUGCCCUCGCCGAACCUUGGUCUGCCCAAGGUGAACGCCUACGAGCUAGAGCUGCUAAAGAAGGACAUUCCGGAGCUGAAACAAACAUCCGGAAGGGCAAGGAGUUUGUCAAGAAGAACUUUGUGAACAAAAAAAGUGAAUUUCGAUCAUGUUGAAAAAAAUAGUAACCAACCAUUGAAAAUAAACUUUCAAGUGCAUGAUAAAAAUAUCGGCGUUUUUGUUUUCUUUGUACUAAAGUAAAAGAAGGGUUUUUUCCCAUGACCCAUU